AUGCUUGCCAUUCGACGGUCCUUCUGUCUGCUCCGCCGCGACGCGGCGUGGUCCGACCCGUGCGCCAUGCACCCUAUGAUGGACAUUGGCCAGCCAUUCAAUGUUAAACACGUGGCGCACGUCACCUUCGACCGCUACCGCGGCUUUCUCGGGCUGCCCGAGGAGUUUCUGAAGCACGUCGAAGGCGUCCCUCCCAGCGCCAGCCUGUCCGUGUUCGGCGUGCGACCCGAGUCGAUGCAGUGCUCCCUGGACAGACAUGGCAACGCGGUGCCGACUAUCCUGAUCAAGCUGCAGGAGCGCCUUUACGAGCUUCACGGCCUCUCGGCGGAGGGCAUUUUCCGCAUAUCGGGCAAGAUGGAGCACGACGAGCGCGUGCGCGAGCAGAUGAGUGCGGGGACCGUGCCCGCGGACAUGGACGUUCACAGCAUCGCCGCGCUUAUCAAGACAUGGUUCCAAGAGCUUCCAUACGGCUUGCUAGACUCCGUGUCGCCUUCCCGCCUCGCGAGCACCCCAAACACGACGGAAGCCGCUGUGGCGCUAGCCGCGACGCUCCCCGCGACGGAGCGCGGGCUGCUGGACUGGGCGCUGAACCUGAUGGCGGACGUGUGCGCGCACGGGGAGGAGAACCGCAUGAGCGCGCGGAACAUGGCGGUGGUAUUUGCGCCGAACAUGACGCAGGAGUGGCAGCGGGGGCUGUCGAGCCUGAAGAGGGAGCCAUGGUCGCAGUGA